AUGCCUACCAUCGUCGGCAAGCAAGUCGGCCCCAUCGGCUACGGCCUCAUGGGCCUCACCGCCAUUCAGACCCCAGAUACAGACGAAGCCAACUUUACCGCCAUCAAAACCGCCAUAGAAUCCGGCUGCACGUUCCUCAACGGCGCUGAGUUCUACGGCACCGGCCCCGAAGAAAACUCGCUCACCUUGCUCCGCCGCUACUUUGCCAAGUACCCCGAAGACGCGGAACGAGUGGCCAUCAACAUCAAGGGCGGCCGGGACUUCAAGACUCUCGGCUUCGACGGGAGCCCAGAGGGCGUGGCGCGGAGCAUCGAGCAUUCGCUGGAGCAACUCGGCCCCGUGGGACGAAUAGCCCAAUGGGGGAUGGCGAGAAAGGACCUGAGCCACGACUACGAAGACGAAACACUCGCUUCUAUUGACGGCUACGUCAAGAGCGGCAGGAUAGACGGCAUCUCGACAAGCGAGAUCAACGCCACCACGUUGCGCAGCGCAGCCCGCAAGUUUCGCAUCUCGGCGCUGGAGAUUGAGGUCUCGCUGUUCCACACGGAUGCCCUGACCAACGGCCUAUGUGCUGCCUGUGCGGAGCUGGACAUACCCGUCAUUGCCUACUCCCCUCUCGGACGCGGCCUACUCGGCGGCCGCGUCAAGAGACUCGACGACCUCGCUCUAGACGACAUGAGGCGCGACCUGCCGCGGUUCAAGGACGAGAACCUCCAGGUUAAUCUCGAGCUCGUGCAAAAGGUGGAGGCCCUCGCGAGGAAGAAGGGCUGCACUCCGGCCCAGAUUGCCAUCAACUGGCUCUUGGCGCUUUCGAAGCGGCCGGGGAUGCCCGUCAUCAUCCCCAUCCCUGGAUCUUCCGACCCUGGAAGAAUCAAGGAGAAUGCUGCCAUCAUAGAUCUCACAAGUGAGGACAUGGCAGAGAUUGACGGCAUGCUUCAGGGCUUCGUGGCAGCUGGAGACAGGUAUCCUGCUACUCAGAUGAAGUACUUGCAGUUGUAA